CGCUGGACUCAAAGCAACUCCCACAAUAUUCGGAAGUCUGAUCUCAGCAGCCAAGCUACCACAAGUCCAGAAACCUAUGAAAGUUGAUCGCAACAUGUCUGUUGUCAUCACGAAGAAAGUUUCUCAACUUAAGGGGCGCAAGACCAAUUUCAGCUCAUCCCCCGGGAUGGUGACGGUGUCCAUUCCGCCGGACCCGGAACUAGCAAAUCUUUUCGUCAUGCCUCCCACCAUCGACACGGAGACUCAAAAUGCCCCUCAGAUGGCGCACCAUGAGGUGAACACACAGACCCAGGAGUUUGCGAGUUCAGGGGUGAGGCACGUCGAAGGAGGCUGGCCAAAAGACGUCAACUACGCCGAGGCAGAUCAGACUCUGCGGUACAGGAAGAAGAUCGAGAAAGAUGAAUUUUAUAUCCAGAGUGUCUUGCAGCUGGGAGCAAAAAUUGAACACUGCAUUCGACAAAACAACGCAGUCGAUAUUUACGAAGAUUAUUGGGCGGGCUUAGAAGGAACUUCACCGCUGCUGGUGAGCGAUGACCCAAUCAAAACCGUCGACGUAGUGAGGGACCCAUUAGCCGGCGUGGGGCUCCCGCUUCCGAACGAGGAACCCCAAAAGAGACAAACCGGAGCCCCAAGGGACGCCCAACUUUCAAAAGACAGCAUUCUUAGUACAGGAAGCUCUAUGGGCUCCUUAGAAGACUGCCGUCUCUCUGUUCGAGAUAGCAGGAGGCCUCGAGAUAAAGAUGAAGCCACCGCUGGGAAACUUGCAGUUUCUGUGGCGUCGUCGCCCAGCAACGACGACGCAGGUGCUAAGAAGUCCACCGAGCUGACCACUCGAGGCAGAACCUUCCAAGGCAGAGCAGUGACCAGCAUCAACUUCGCGCCUGGACUAAAUUCCCGCAAAGUCGCCGCCGCUUACAGCUCGACGGUCUUCCAGUGCCCUGCGGUGGACGUUCCCAGAACGGCUUACGUUUGGGAUAUCAGCUCAACAAGUCGCACAGACGUCAGCUUGGAAGGACCUUGUUGGGUUCACACGCUGCGCUACAACCCCAGAGAGCCGUCAGUCAUAGGAGCAGGGCUACGUAACGGUCAGUGCUGCUGGUGGGACACGCGGGUCGGGCCCAAGCCUGCUGCUCUGUCCCCUCUGGGCACCUCCCACAAGCAGGUCGUGACUGGCAUCGGGUGGAUGUCUGCCAAAACCCGCAGUGAACUGCUCUCGCUGGCUCUCGACGGAAAGAUGUUCUGGUGGGAUACCCGGAAAUUCUCCGCCCCCGUGGAGGCGGUCAGUUUGGUCCCGGGAUCGUCCUCAGAGGGCGACGUGCCUCCCACCGGAGUGCUGACUGGCGUGCUGACCGUCGUGCUGACUGUGGUGCUGAGUGUAGUGCUGACUGUGGUGCUGACUGUCGUGCUGACUGUAGUGCUCAGUGCAGUGCUGACUAUGGUGUUGUGUCCCCCCUACCGGGCCCAUUUCGCCCCAGUGUACAGCGUGGAGCGCAACCCCGCCUUCCCCAAGAACUUCCUCACAGUCGGGGACUGGACUGUCAAGCUUUGGUCUGAGGACUUCUACAGCUCGGCCAUCCUCAGCACUCCUCCGUCCCCGGCAAAGAUCUCGUGCGCCACGUGGUCGCCCACCCGUUGCUCUGUGCUGCUCUCUGGUCGUAUGGACGGCGUGGUCGACAUCUGGGACAUGCUUCAUAGCUGGCGUAAACCACAGCACAGCUUGCAGGUGAUGGAUUGUGGCGUGGAGAGCGUGAGCGCCCACGACAAUGGAGAGCUCGUGGCCGUGGGGUCGAAGCAAGGCGCCCUUGCCAUCCUAAAACUGCCGUCUAACCUCGCCCACUCUUUCCAAAAGGACGACAAAACUGACUUCUCAGCGAUCCUCGAACGAGAGACGAGGAGGGAGCGAGUACUAGAAAGCCGCCGUAAGGAGUCACGUCUCAAGAGUCGUGUUCGGGCACCGCAACCGCAGGACAGGAGCAACCAACACACGCCUCAAGAUCGUAUCAACAUGGCCGAAGAGGCCUACUUCAAGGCCGUUGAAGAGGCAAAAGCUGCCAUGGAGGCUGAGGAAGCAGCAGAAGACGCAGAGCACAAGCAAGCUCUGCAGCUGCAAGAAGAGGACGAGGCAGUGGAGAGGAUUCAGGAGGAGCGAGACGAAGAUUUGGCGGCGCUUUCCCUCAGCGACCCUGCCAGCAUCUCCAGCGGUGAGCCCGAACGGUAGGCGACUCUCGCUUGGAAGACAGCUGAUGGCACAAUCUUGUCUACCCAACAAGAGGUGGCGAUAUAAGCACAUAUCGAACCUAUCCCGUACACAAGGAUUCAAAAGAUUUUAUGCUAGAAGCAAUUGAAAGAGUAACAAAUUUUUGUUCGACCACUCAGAAGAUCAGUGACGGAAGAUUUUGUUGGGGGCUUCUCAAUAUUUUUCAAAUUUCCACAUAUCCUGGAAACGCGCGAACAAAGUUGAUACCAAUUUUGAUACGAGUUGUCUACAUGAUGCGUUUCUAUUUAUUUAACUACAACUUUAAAAUCAUCCAUCACCUUCUCCGGGUGUGAUUUUAUAAAUGUAUUCGCGAUAUAUUAAACAAGUUACAGGACUCGUACCUCCGUGUUUGCUGAGCCGCAAACAAAUGCGAGGAUCUGAAAUUAUUUACUAAUGAACAGAUAAGUCACUGUUAAGGUUUUAUUCCGAAUCGACCGAUUGCACAAAUGGAACGAGAUUGCACGAAGUAGUAGAACUCACGCUUGCAAUUUCAACUACGCACUCGAAAUGCGCAGCAAAACGCAUUUCAACUACGUCUACGCACUGCUCUCUAGAAGGGAUGAGUGUACAUGACUCAUUCCAUUUCCACUUUUUGGGCUAAUAGAGUAAAAAGAAUUUGCAAAAGCAAUAUUAUUCUCAGGUACAGGCAAUUUUAUUCUCGACUCGACAGGUACUCCAUAACUAAUAGUUUUAAGCUAAGGAACUCAAGCUUAGACAAGAAAAUUAAUAGAUAACUGGUUUAUUUCUAUGAUCCGAACAUUGGCUGCUACACGUAAAAUAGCUUAAAGCAAUAACAAACUGAGAGAAGAAUAAUUUUAGUAUUGACAUACCAUUGGUAAAGGCGGUUUGAAAUAAUGCACAAGAUGUACAUGCAAAGGAAAUUUUCCACUUUCGAAUUUAAGGUCAAAAUCCUGAAAUUUACCAACAUCAAUGUUUUGCUCCUAUUGAAAUGAAGCAAGAAUUUUAUGAGAUCUAACAGGACGAGUUCCCUUCACUGAUGCAGUGAGUAGCUCACUUCACACACUCCACAGCUACUCCACAAAUGAAAAUAAAAUAUAAGUAUCCCGCUAGAGGUCAAUCAUCCUUGAAGUAAAUCAAUGAAUGAAACAUAAACGGUCCCCGCAGGUCUGACUAUCAACUUAAAAAUAAUAACCACUACUGGAGUUCAAAUUUCGUCCGGUUAGCACAAUGCAUACGAGAAGUUGCCAUCCGAGGCUGGGGUUCAGUGACUGGGCAUGAUGGUGACAUAACGGGUAUGAAUACAUGUACUGAAUACAUGUACAUGUACAAGCAUAGCAAUGCCAAAAACGAAAAUACAGCUUCCGAUGAAUUUAAAAAGAAAAAAGAAAACAAUGUGUAGCAAUAAAAUG